AAGCAGCGAUGGGCAAUAUAGCUUGUGAUAUUUAUAAUAUGGAUCUUAAAAUUGGAACAAUCUGAUUUGGAAAUUGUAUAAUGAGACAAAAGAUUUUAUGGAUUUGGGAUCGUGGAGGUGGGAAACCAAAACCAGAUGAAAAUUCUGCUGGAGUUUCUCGGACUUCUGUACUUCAACUCGAAGAACUAGCUGUCCAGCAAUUUGCUAUUGGAAAAAGCUGUGGUGUAAUUAUAUCUGAAGAUGAAAAAUGCUACCAAGUUGGGCGACCAGGCUCGGCGAAAUUGACCUUGCAAGGAAUCGAAUCCACGUUACAUGAAAUAACCAUUCUUAAAACUCAUCAAAUAACUAAAGUUGCUUGUGGUUACCAUCAUGUUGCUGCAGUGGAUAGGUCUGGUUCUACUUUUUGUUGGGGAGUUUCACAGUAUGGACAAUGUGGAAUUGUCAAAGACUUAGUUGCAGAACCCAAUCGCAUUGCAUUGAAUGGUAUUGGCAAACAACUAUGCAUCAUUGAUGUAGCUUGUGGUAAAAAUCAUACAAUGGCUAUUACUAAAGAUCAUGAACUAUGGGGAUGGGGUGCAAGUAACAUGAUCGGAGGUGUGAACGCCACAAGAAGAAAUGUUGCUUGCUCAAAACCUCAAAUUGUAGAACAUUUAUCUGGAAGAAGAGUUUUCCAGGUCAGUUGUGGAAAGUUUCAUACUGCUGCACUUACUGAAAAGCUAACUAAACAAUCAACAAUUGCACAACCUGAUGCUUCUCCUACUUGUAACUUAUGCAACCAAGAAUUAUACAAGAUGCAAGACAGUGAUGAUCAAGUGAUUAUAACAGAUGCUCAUAUUUGUUCUCAUAAUUCUUUCAUAUCUGAAACGAGCGACGACUGCACUUCUAGAGCACUUGAGCUUCCACUGAAGCGACAAACUCAUGGUCGAUCUGUUUCUCUUCCAUUUUUUCAAAAAAAUAGUCCAUUGUCUGUAAAAAAGGAAAGACUGAGCAAAACUCCACCAUCAAUCUCAUUAAUAUCUCUAUCUUCAAAAAAUCAUUCUUCAAUUGAGAAUUUAUCCAAAGUUAAACCAGAAGACCCAACAAAUAAUCCAGCUGCAAGUUUUGAAAUGGAAAAUCUAAAUUCAACGUCAAGUACGGAAAUCUUGGGUACAAGGAACUAUAUAAAACUCAAUAACCCUUCUGUACAAGAGAAAAGUGAAGUUACAGAUGCUGUUAAAAAUUUACAGUUGAUAUCUAAUUUAACAAAAAGUUCAUCUGUACCGAGUAAUCUCUGUAAGGAAAACGGUGAUGAAAUACCCCAUUUCCCUUGUAAAAUUUUGUUAGAAGAAACAUCCUCAAUAUCUUCAAACCUUCCAGAAAGUAACUCAUCAUCAAUCAAUUCACUAGAUGAAUGUAAAUCUAGGAUGAGAUUGGAAUUGCAUUCUUCUACUUCAGAUUUAAAGUUUGAUCCUGAAGCUGCUUUAUCUUAUUUAAAACAUUUAUCACCAGAACCAAGCAAAGAGAAUUCAGUGUUUUUUCCUGAUGCAGAAAUUUUGGAUACCGUUGACAAUGAAGAAUCAGCAACAAAAUUUGAACUUGAUGAUAAAAAUAUUAUUGGGCCAGCAAGACAGACUAUUUCUGAAAGAAUAACUCAAUCGAUUACUGAUAAUCAACUUUUAUCACCACUGACAUCAUAUUCAAAAAACAUGUUGACUGGAGUUAUAGAUGGCAUUGAAUGGAUAAAAACUUCAACCUAUGAUAAAGGUGUCGCUCCAAUUCGCGAUUUAUUGACAAAGGAUAAAAUACAGCCAACAGAAGAUGUCAAAGAAAAAGAUGAAGAAAAGUUUGCAUUCACUAGUGACCAUGUAUCAGAUCCAUUGCGCUCUGUGGAAAAUAAUUUUUUUGGAAAUAGAAAUGAAAAAAAUGAAUUUAAUACUACUGAUCAUGAAAAUAACCUGACACUUCAUACAGAAGUAUGGACGUGGGGUGAAAAUAGCAAUGGAGAAUUAGGAAUGGCAGAUUUGUUGGAUAGAUUUCAUCCAGUUUGUGUCAAAACUUUGAGUCAGCGAGGUGUUGUGAAAAUCAAAUGUGGUUCACAUCAUACCCUUGCAUUAACAAGUAAUUCAGAAGUAUAUUCAUGGGGGAAUAACAAGUAUGGUCAACUGGGACACAAUAAUCCCAAUACGAGCAGUCCUAUGAAGAUUGAAUACAAGGACAGAAUAUGGGAUAUUAGUGCAGGAAGACAUCAUACAUUAUUACUAGUAGACGGAAUAUCUGAUGAACCAAAUAUAAUUGUUUGUGGAUUUGAUGAGGAAUCAAACACGGGUCCUAUUCAUCCUCUUAAACUUAAUGAGAAAAAGAACCCGAACAGAUGGAAAUUACGUCCCGUUGAAUGUUCUCACAAAAUGGGAUUUCAAUGCACUGUUGUUGCUGGAUUUUCAACUUUGUCUUCUUGCCUAGCGGAAAAAAAUUGUUCGAGUGAGUAAUAUCAA